CAUGCAGGGAUGGAGGUGAUUACCCACCGCUAGCAGAGGGAAGAGGGCUGAGCCUUGCAAGCUGCCGGGGGAACUUGAGGAGAGCAGGGGGAGGAGGAGAAGAAGGAUUGAUAUAACAAGAGCGGCUGUCGAUGCGCAGCGCAAUUCUUACGCACUCCAAGUGUUUGAACCAAGACCGAUAAACGGGAGCGGGCUUUCCAUUCAUUUCGAGCGCAGGCAACUUUUCUUUUCUUGAGUCCGUGGCGCGGGUCCGUUCACCAGAAAGUACUCCUAUAUUUUUUUAGUUUUUAAAAAAACAAAAAAAACAAAAAACAAAUAAACUGAAAUACGAGACAACAAGACAUCAGCACAUCUGCAACUUUACGAGACCUCCGAGUUGGGAAGUUUGUUUCCCGUACAACUGCAUGACACUUCUUUAAAGGACUUGAGAGCCUGUCAGAGUUUCUUCACCUACAGCGUGGUGUGGGAUUUUGAGCUGAAACGGGGAGUUUUCAAAUGCAAAAGUACAUGUAUGAGAAAGCGAUGGCCCAAGAGACAAGGAACGGAGGAACCUCUACGUUAAAUAACAACAAUGGUGUUGACAACAGUAAGAAGAAACUGUUAAUAGCGCUCGACAUCUUCUGUCUUCUACUUGCUAGCCUGCCUUUCCUGAUCAUUGAGACUAGCACCAUAAAGCCGUACCAGCGCGGGUUUUACUGUUCGGACGAGUCCAUCCGGUACCCCCGAAAAGAGGGAGACACCAUUAGUGAUGCUGUGCUUUGUGGUGUUGGCAUUCUUAUUGCCAUCUUCUCUAUUGUGAUUGGGGAAUGCUUCAGGAUUCAUCAGCUACACGAAGGAACCAAGUCUUUCGUCGGGAAUCCCUAUGUCGCAGCCCUCUACAAACAGAUGGGUGUGUUUCUCUUUGGUUGUGCCAUCAGCCAGUCAUUCACAGACAUUGCCAAGGUGUCGGUGGGACGUAUGAGACCCCACUUUUUAGAUGUGUGUAGACCAAAUUUCUCCACCAUCAACUGUUCACUGGGAUACAUCACCAACUAUACCUGUGCUGGCGAAGAGAGUGAUGUUCAGGAGGCCAGGAAAUCCUUCUUCUCAGGACAUGCCUCUUUUUCAAUGUAUGCCAUGCUCUACCUGGCUUUCUAUCUCCAGUCCAGGUUUACAUGGCGCGGCGCUCGACUCCUGCGCCCCUUGCUCCAGUUCACCCUGUUGAUGAUGGCAUUUUACACCGGCCUAUCACGUGUCUCUGACCAUAAGCACCACCCGACUGAUGUCCUUGCAGGCUUUGUGCAGGGAGCCCUGGUGGCCUACUGCAUAGUGUUCUACGUGUCAGACCUGUUCAAGCCCAGGGUGAAGCCAGCCACGCCCCCGCCCUCCCCGAUCAAGAAGGAGCUGCUCCCUUCAUCUGACAUCAUCGAGAGGAACAACCACCACAACAUGGUGUGAGAGAGGCCACAUCUCUUUCCUGUGACUGAGGAGCCAAUCACAGCGCUGCUCACCUCCCAUCGGACAGUAGAAUGUAGCGACGAGAGACUGUAGCUGCUUCUCAAAUGGCAUCCUCCUCCCCUUUUGCAGUGCCCAGCCAGGUGCUUUGUGGACUAGGGUGUCAGAUUUGAGAUUUGCACAGCAGAGUCCACUCGCACUAUCCAGACUUGUUAUUUACCAUUACGUUAACUACUAAACAACAUUUGAGCCCAUCGUUUUGAGCACAAACAGAAAAGAAUUGGAAGCUAGAAGACAAAAUGAAUUAAGAAAUUUAUGACUUGAAAGGCAGAGCUGAGGGUGUAGAAGUUUGAUAGAAGUGUAACCACAUAAAGGGAAAACACUUGUGAAGAAAAUGAAGAAAAGAGACAAAAUGAACUAAAAGACAAACCCCUCUGCCUAGGGAGAGAGGGGUUUUCAGUGAUGCUUCCUCUCUGAUAUCUCUGUGGCCUUGGAACGCCGUAGGACAACAACUUCCUUAGCUAUGGGAAGGAUAUUACUGCAAUAACUAGCAGCAUAGAAAUAUUAACAGUAUAGAAAAAUAUAACUUAUAGCACUGUUUUUAAGUCCAUUAUCACCACUGCUGCCUGAGAUGUCUGACUGAAAGAAAGUUUGAUGAUGCUGACGUCCACGAGACAGAAAUACUGACUCCUAGAAGCCGACUGAGCCUGGUGUGGUCAUCUCACAAGACUUCAUACUCAGGCAGGAUAAAGUUAGCUUAGCAUGGCUUUAACAACAAUAACCCUGUACCAGUAGGCCCCUGUAAGGAUCAUACACUGAUCUUUUUAGGCCUCUACAACAGAUUUCAGAGCAGUCCUUUGGGUGUCUUUCAAACCUUUAGCAUUGGAAUGCGAAGCCCUCCAACCUCAUAUACCUCUGUCUCCAGAUUGAGCACGUCAGGCUUUUUUGUAGUGGACUGUCAGUGCUGCCCAAACCCGGGAUGUUGCAUUUCUUGAGGGUUAGAUGUAGAAAAGAGGGGAUAUUUUCUGUGGAAAGAGGGAGACAGAUCUCCCAGCCACCCAGCACC